UCACAAGAGACGUGCCACGCGUCGCGGCGCUCAGUGCCGUUCUGUUCGCGUGUUGGAGCGUUUCUUUUUCGCUUCGGAAAAAUCGGAACCACGUUUUUCCUUCAGGAAACUAGUAAAUAAAAUUGUCGAUUGCCUUGUUCUGAUGAAGAUAUUUUUAAAAAUUUCUACAUAUAAAUUGGUGGCCAAUUAAAAGAGUCAUGGAAUCUGCGAUCCACAAGUCAACAGUUAUUCUUGGAAUGAAACUCACAAGGCCACGACGGUAAAGUGCAAAAACCUGUAAAAAAAAAGAAAGACACGAAAAAGAUGUAAGUGCUUCUACAUUAUCUGUGCGGGUGUUCAAUGAAUGAAGAGAACGUAGGUGGUCCUGAUGGAUGGGAAAAUUGAGAGAUGAAAAAAAAUUCAAUUAAUAUAAUUGAAGUACCAACGAGAGACUCAAGAAAAAAAGGAUAUUAAAUUUUCUCAAAGACUUGAUGCAUAUAAAAAUCUUCCAUAAACGAUUAGAAUGCAUUAUUUCUGAGUUGUGUUUGUCUACUCAGUGAGUAGUAAGUAUCAAGAUAAUGUCAGACUACGAGAGAAUACGGCUCGUCGUGCUAGGAGGUGCAGGAGUUGGAAAAAGCGCAAUUAUCCGCCGGUUGCUUGGCCAAGGAUUCACGGACAGAUAUCGAGCGACUGUCGAAGAUCUUUACUCCCGAGAAUGCAUUCUGGGAACUUUAACGCUAAAAGUGGAUCUCCUGGAUACUGCAGGAGACUUACAAUUUCCGGCCAUGAGAAGGUUGAGCAUAGCAACAGCUCAUGCCUUCCUUUUGGUUUAUGCCACAACAUCACUACCAAGUUUCGAAUGCGUCAAACGGUGUUUUGAGGAAGUCCGAGAACAAAGGCCGGAUUUUCAGGAAGUACCCAUAGUCGUAGCGGGAAAUAAAUUGGAUCUCGCAACAACACGAAGGGAAGUUGCUAUUGAGGAUGUGAGUGAAUGGCUUUUCUGUGAACUUCCCAAACUCAGGGCCAAAGUCAUUGAGUGUUCCGCUAAAGACGACUAUAACAUUAAAGACAUCUUUAGAUGUUUCGUAACUCUCUCUAGAAUUGUUCCUAAAAAUCCUACCGGAGAAACUGACGAGUCCGGACUUAGAAGAAGAUGUUCAGCAUAUGGUUCCCGAAGGUCAGGUAGUCCUAGCAAAACCGGAAGCACUACUUCAGGAAGUCCUCAACAAGUUCUGGCAGCACAAGGUUCAAGCGUUGUGACUGUCGUUGAAGAGGUGAAAAGUAAACCUCGAAGUAGGAGUCUCAUCAGACGAGCUUCCAGAAAAACAAAGCAACAAAUCAGAGACGCUCAUUCAGAUGAUUGCAAUAUUUCCUAAAAAUUAUUAUUCACAAUAAUGCCAAAACCUUCAAAUCAAAAUAUCCCAUUACAAGGUUCAGUUACGAAUUUCAAGAAAAGAUUUAAUGGAUGAUUGAAACAGGAUAUCAGGAAACAAUUUUUUAGAAGAAGGAAUUAAAUAAGAAAAAUGAAUAGUUUUGAAAAAGAAAACUAUUAUUUGAGAGCCGACGAAAAAUAUUAAAUAUUUCAAUAUAUUGAAGUUUACACUUGGAAAAAAAAGAAGGAGGAAUUUUGAAAUGUAAAACUAGAAGGACUGCAUCAUUAAAUUGUGAAACUUGAUUCCAAGAAAGAACUGAAUGUUCAAAAGACAAAGUCAAAAGAAGUGAAGGAAGAAGACGAAGACUGAUCUGAAAUAUGGGUAUAUGCACCAAGAAAUCAAAAGGAAAACAGAAAAAUAAGAGCAAAGGUAAGAUUUGCAACAUCAAACGAGACUUCAUAUCUUACUUUUCCUCUAUUCUAUAGUCUUAUCGAUCGUUACUAUAUAAAAUGGAAAAAUGAAUUUGCAUACAACUUCUUAUCAAUUAAAAAUACGCGUAUUUCACGUACUGUUAAAAAUCCAAAUUUUCACAAAAAAAGUGUAUUUGACCAAAAAAUAAAAACACUAAUGUUUACAAUUCAUUCUAUUUGAAAAAAUAAACAUUUUCUUUUGCA